AAGACUCCGCCCCGCCAGCCCUCUAAGCCCCGCCCCGCGCAAGCGCCCAAACCCCACGACCCGCCUGCGCUCCCUCCGACUCCAGAAGCCGUCCUCAUUGCGCAGGCGCUAGAUACUCGGCCCGCGCAGGCGCCCUAGCCCGGCGGACCGACCCGUCCCUCCCGAGGCCCCCAGCACCCCCAUCGCGGUCCCUCCCCUGGCCGGGGGGUCAUGGCUCCACCGCCCCUGUCGCCGCCGCUCUGCACGCUGCCGGCGGGCCCUGGGCCCCCCCGCUUCGUGUGCUACUGCGAGGGGGAGGGAGCCAGGGACGGGGAUCGCGGCCCCUUCAACAUCUAUGUGACAGACGCCGCGGAGCUCUGGAGCACCUGCUUCACGCCGGACCACCUGCCGGCCCUCUUGGUGACAAGCCCCUGUGCCCUGCAGAAGGCUCGUUUUGGCCUGAGUGCAGCUGAGGACAUCGCCCCCCGGUUCAGGGCAGCCUGUGAGCAGCAAGCUGUGACCCUGACCCUGCAGGAGGACCUCGCAUCCCUGACUCUUUCCAGUGGGCCCUCGACCCUGACCUUCGACCUCUCAAAGGUGCCAGGCCCAGAGGCAGCCCCCAGGUUACAGGAGCUAACACUGGGCCUGGCAGAGCGUGUGUGCAGGCUGGAGCAGCGGCUGGCAGGUGGGCUGCGGAGAGGACAGCCAGCCCCAGGAAGAGCCCCCUACAGGCAGGGCUGCAGCUCUUUUUACCAGACCCUGAUCCUCAGAGGGGUAGCCCUGGACCUGGGGUCAGGAGACGGUGUCCUGGAGAGUCCCUCAUCAACCCUGGCUUCAAAAGUAAGAAACCGGCCAGUGGUGUGGACUUUGAUGACACCUGAAGGUACAGCAAAAAGUGUAACCCAACCAGAAAUCCACCUGGAGAGGAGGGGCAGUCCUCUGGAGACCCGCCCACCCCACGGCUGCCCUUCUGCUGCCCGCCCACGAGGCUGCCCCUCCAGCCCCUUCCCCACCAAAUAAACGGAGCCCUGGUGACACAGCGGUUAAGAGCUCAGCUGCUAACCAAAAUGUCGGCAGUUGGAAUCGGCCAGCUCCUCCUUGGAAGCUCAAUGAAGCAGCUCUACACUGCGCUUAGGGUUACUAUGGGUCAGAAACUGCAA